AUGGUCGCAGCAGCUGAGUAUCCGCAAGCAAUGGUCGCAGCAGCUGAGUAUCCGCAAGCAAUGGUCGCAGCAGCUGAGUAUCCGCAAGCAUGGUCGCAGCAGCUGAGUAUCGCAGCAAUGUCGCCGCAGAGACUGUUCGGCAGAGACUGUUCGGCAGAGACUGUUCGGCAGAGACUGUUCGGCAGAGACUGUUCGGCAGAGACUGUUCGGCAGAGACUGUUCGGCAGAGACUGUUCGGCAGAGACUGUUCGGCAGAGACUGCUCGGCAGAGACUGCUCGGCAGAGACUGCUCGGCAGAGACUGCUCGGCAGAGACUGCUCGGCAGAGACUGCUCGGCAGAGACUGCUCGGAUGA